AUGGACAAGGAAUACCCCGUAACACAAUUCCACUCCACUGGAGCAUAUGCGCCCUCAGAACAGCUGAAUGCUGUUUUCGAAGAACAGCCGAUCGAGGCGGCGGUCCACGGCCAAAUUUGGAAACUGAUGCCGACGGAGAUCAAAGACGUCAGCAGUGACGAAUUUUGUGUGAGGUGUCUAGCUUACUAUCAUGUAAAUGAUGGGAAAUUGAAUCCGAGAGUUAGAAAAGCAGUCUUCGUGGGCUUUAGAGAAGGAGUUAAAGGCUUCAAGUUGUGGGAUCCAGAAGACAAGAAGAUAAUCAUUAGCAGAGACGUUACUUUUGAUGAAGCUCACAUGAUGAGGCCUCAGAUCCCUCAACAGGUGGAGGAAUGUCAGAUUAGUGGGAUAUCGCAGCAAGUGGAGGAUGAUGUGACUCUACAGACUUCAGAUAGCAGUGUAUCCAUUAAGGCUCCUACAAAGGUGACAUUGGGAGGAGAUGAUUUGACAGAUGGGCAGAUGCAGGAUACAGUGGAUGUUGGGACUCAGGAGCAAGAAUGGGAAGAUUGUAUUGGUUAUGUGGAUUCUUGUUAUGCGAGAGAUCUUGAAAAGCAUCGGUCUACUACUGGAUAUGUGUUUACAUUAGCAGCAGCACCGGUUUGUUGGAGAUGUGCGCUUCAGUCUACGGUGACUCUCUCCACUACAAAGGCAAAGUAUAUGGCAUUGACUGAAGCUAUGAAUGAGGCUUUGUGGUUGCAGGGGUUAUUGGAUGACUUGGGGAUUGUACAGGAGACCAUCAAGGUAAAUUGUGAUAGCAUAUCAACUAUCUAUUUGGCAAAGAACCAGGUGUAUCAUGCCGGGACAAAGCAUGUUGAUGUCAGAUUCUAUUUUGUUUAA